UCAUAAAAUAUGCAGGAUUUUUUAUCAGUGUUAAUUAUACGUUAUUGAUUGACCUCUGAUCUGUUUUUCCAAUUUAUCUUAAAUUCAGAUUUCGUCUUAUUAAGAUGAGCGUCUUAUUUUUUCAAUUGUUCUGUUGGCAUCGAACAGUUACAACAUGAUCUCCAAAUUUAUCUGUUUCGCUCUCCUUGUAUCUUCAGGAUUUGCAGCUCCCACCAUUUCUACCAGUGGUAUAACAGACUAUAAUGGACCCUUUCCAGUAGACAAGAUACUGAACGCAGAGGAGGUGGUCAUCAAGAAUAGCAAGAUAACUUUCGAUGGAGAUGCCAAAGCUGUUUCUUCCCUGGUUUUCUCCAAAUUGAAGAAACUAAACAUCGAAGGCUCUCACCUGGGUGACAUCCUAGGUGGUAUAAGUGGAGCUCUUCCAAACCUCAAGACCUUAGUGGUCAAAAAAAGCACCCUAGACAAUUUCAAACUGGAAGAUAUCAAUGCCAUACCAUCUCUAGAAACCCUUGAAGUUGAUGACAUUGAAUUGAAAAUCUUGAAGGACAACUCUUUGGAUAAGUUGAGCCAACUCAAAACCUUGACCUUGAACUCCGCCAAAAUCAGCGAAAUCCAGAACCAAGCUUUCAACGGUCUCGUAAAUCUUGAAGUACUCAACCUUAGCCAUAACAGUCUUAAGACAAUUUCUAAGGAAUCACUGAAGCCACUGAAGAAACUGAAGGAGUUGUGUCUGCAACAUAACAGUUUGACUAAAUUUGGUCCAGCGAAUGUGCCAGAGCUUCCAGAAUUGGUUAAGGUGUGCCUUGAGGUGAAUCCCAUUGAGGAGGUUGAUACUGAUGGACUUCACAAAGUUGCUCCAAAAUUGAACGUUGUUAACAUUGGAGCAGCUUGAGAAUGUUUGAAAUAUAUGUCUGGAUUAAUGA